GACCCUAGCACUCCAGAAGGUGAUAAUGCUGCUUUUUGUCUAAAGAGAGAAUCUUAUAAUGGCGUAACUGCUUUCCAGGUUACAAUGUCCGUUUUGUGUAAGUAUGAUCCCAAAGGUCAUCAUGCUAAUGUAGCCGAUGCAACGAAACGUCAACCUAUAAUCUUAGUCGCUGGAAACUCUAAAACCGGUGAUGAUAAAUCAGUAAAAGAUAGAAAAUCAAGAAAUGAAGAGUUAGAAAAAUUAGUGGAUAAAUUUAGUCCACCCCCUAAUAAAAAACAACCUCGCAAUGUAACAAAGGAUAUAAACGAAGACCCGCAAGAAGAAAGCUUCUCGAGGGCAAAAAGAUUGAAAUUUGCUAUAAACCAAGUCAACGAAAUUAAAGAAAAUGAGAGUGCGGAAGUUCAACAUAAUGCAGAAGUUCAACAUAAUGCAGUAGAUUUAACUCAAUCAGAUAAAAAUUCCGCUGAAUACCUACAUACUACAGUUGAAACCAAUACUGACGGACUAUAUUCAGAUGAAGAACAACCAAAUAAUCUCGAUGAUAAAGACACGCCUUAA